AUGGGGAAAAACAAACCCUCAGCGCUCCUCUCGCUUAUCGGUGUCAUGCUGCUCUUGCCGUACGUUUUCACCAGGAGCGUCUCAUCCAGACUGCAGACUGCAGACAGCACCUCUCUAACAGGUGGAGGAGAGCGCCCUCAUGUGGUGAAGCGGUCGACACAGAACUGCGACAGCACGUUUGAAAGCUACUGCAUGAACAAGGGCCAGUGCAUGCUACUGGUGGACAUCAACGAACACCACUGCAAGUGUGAGAAGGGCUUCUAUGGCCCCAGGUGUAGCAAACUGGAGCUCGUCGUUCAGCAAAUUGCAGAAGAACAGAUCAUUGUCACCAUUUUCUGUGUGGUUCUGCUGAUUAUAGGUCUGGCCGGAGCUCUGUACUUCUGCUGCAAAUGGUAUAAGAAAAACAAAUUCCCACGUCAGCAGAAGCGGCAAGGUUACAAAGGAGUCCAGACAGCUUAGAGUGACACACACACACACACUCACUGCAUCCACCACUGGAAAAUGCAAACCAGGAUAUCCCGAGUUCCCUAAUGAAAACAUUUCAACAUACAGCACCAUGACGUUACCUGAUGACCUUACACUCAG